AUGAGAUCUAUACAGCACAGUUACAUUGGUACUGAGUACAUCCAGGAAUUGUCUUCUGUUUUUAUCUACGGUGGCAAGGAAGAUACCAAGGCUUUGGCUACCCAGACCUGGAACAGUAUGGAGAUGAGUCUUGUCGAGAGGAAAAACGUCAUGAAAAACAAAAUCGAGCAGGAGAUAGUGACCGUCGGGAAAAACGACACCAAAAACAAGAUAAUCGCUGGCCAGGCAUUGAAGAACAAAAAACUAUUCGAGAAGCAAAUUCAGAAAAUUGAUUGGUGUUUAUCCAUAAUCGAGCAGCAGAGAGAAAUAGUCAAAAGUGCCAAUUCAAGUACCGCUAUUGUUACUGCGAUGGGCAAAGUUGCCUAUGCAAUUAAGGCAUACACAAUUCUUAAUCUUCGCAUUUCGAAUUACUGGGACACUGAUGGCGAAGCUCGCGAGUUUGAACCAGGAAGUUUAGAACCAGAAAAAGUGGAGAAAGAAUCGUUGCGUAUUCAAACCACGGCUAAAUCACCUGCUGUUUCUAUAACUUCUCUGCCAACUCUCGAUUUACAACAAGCGGCUAAUCUCGAACAGAAAUCAUCGAAAUAUUAUCAGGGACGUGACCGGCAAAACUCACAACAAGUAUCUAAGCUGUGA